AUGGAUGCCUCUGGACGAAUGCUAAAGUGGGCUGUGGAGUUCAACAUGUUUGACUUAUCGUUUGAGCCCAGAAAAGCGAUCAAAGGGCAAGCCUUAGCAGACUUCAUUGUAGAGCUUACUCGUUCUACAAUAGAGUGCGUCCAGGACCCAGCAGAAGGAAAGCGGCAUUGGACCCUUAUGGUGAAUGGGUCGUCCACUGCCAAUGGUUGCGGAGUUGGGAUCAUCUUUCAGUCACCAGAGGGAGACAAGUUUGAAUAUGCCAUGAAAUUUCAGUUCCAGACUUCAAACAAUGAAGCAGAGUAUGAAGCUCUAUUAGCCGGCAUCAAAAUGUGCAAAGCGGCCGGAGCCCUGGAAAUUGAAGCAAAGACAGAUUCUAUGCUGGUAGUCAGUCAAGUCAAUGGAGAUUUUGAAUGCAAAAAUGCAUCCAUGAGUAAAUAUAUGAAUUUGAUUAAGGAAGAAAUAAAGUCAUUGAAACGAUUUGUUCUCGACCAAGUCCCAAGGUCGGAGAAUCAUCAAGCUGACGUUCUCUCAAAAUUAGCAAGUUCAGCCGAAGGUGAUGAGCCGAGGAUUGUGUUUUGGGAGAUAAAGUCGGCCAAGAGCAUUGAUCAGAAGGAGAUUAUGUUCCUCAACCGAGGGAACGUCUGGAUGAGCCCCAUCAUAGAUUACAAGGAAACAGGACGACUGCCUACUGAUCCUUUGGAAGCUAAGUAUGUAAAGGCAAGGGACAAGUGGUUUGAGCUGUGGGAUGGAACUCUCUACAAAAAGGCUUUUAACCAGCCACUCCUCAAGUGUAUUUCUCGAGAAAACGGCCUAGAAAUCCUAAAAGAGCUGCAUGAAGGAGCUUGUGCUUCUCACAUUGGGGAAAGGGCAUUAGGAGAAAAGGCCCUAAGGACUGGUUACUAUUGGCCUACAUUAAAGGAGGACGCUUUGCUGUACGCAAAGAAAUGUGAUAGUUGCCAAAGGCAUGGCAACAUUUAUCAGAUUCCGUCCAACUAUCUGACCCUAGUUCUCUUUCCCCUCCCCUUUGCCAAAUGGGGAAUGGAUAUUCUUAGGCCCUUUCCUAUAGCAGCCGGCCAGAAAAAAUUUGUGAUAGUAGCAGUAGACUACUUCACAAAAUGA